GCCAUAUUGGAAUGAGGCAGUGAGCAGCGGUGGGGGCUGAGGAGCUGAGGGGAGAGAGAGCAGCGCACCGGGCCCGGGGAAUCAGCCUGGAAAAAGUCCGGACGGGGUUGGUUGAAUGGGAACUCUGAGUGCUGGCCUGAUGUUACAGACACCGCUUGCAAAUCCCACCGGUGGUCCCCCUACUGAAAUGAUCGCCCAGGGAAAAAAACAUGAAGAUACAAAUGCAGACUCCAGUCUUGAGGAGGCAGAAUUUAACUGGGAGGAGUAUCUGGAAGAGACGGGGAGUACAACAGCUCCUCACAGCUUUUUCAAACAUGUCGACACCUCCAUGCAGACUGGUUUGUCCCCAGGAAUGAAAUUAGAGGUCCCGCUUGGGACAGACCCCCAGUCUUACUGGAUUGCAAGUAUCAUCACUACUUGUGGCAAAUUGCUGCUUCUGAGAUAUGACGGAUGUGGAGAAGAUCGAUCUGCAGACUUCUGGUGUGAUAUUGUGACUUCUGACCUUCAUUCCAUUGGCUGGGCCCAGCAGAACAAGAAGACCCUUAGACCCCCUGAAAUUCUAAAGGACAAAUUGCAGAAUUGGGAAGAAUUUCAUGCAGAGACAUUGAAAGGGGCUUUCAGUGCACCUACUCAUCUGCUUGAGGGCCCACACAGAGGAAAAGACCCACUAGAUCUGUUCGGGCCUGGUUGUAGGCUGGAGCUUCAGCAUUCACAGGACUCCUUGGCCACAUGGCCAGUUCUUGUGCUAGACAACAUUGGUGGAAGACUUCAGCUGCAGUAUGAAGGGGCCCCUGACUGCCCAUCGCUACACUGUUUCUACCUUAACUCAUCCCUGCAUGAAAUAGGGUGGGCUAAUCGAAAUGGCUAUGAACUAAAGCCCCCCAAAGAAAUUGUUUCUCUGAACACAGAUGAGAAAUGGAAAGAAAUACUGACCAAGUGCUUAGAAGACAGUGAAAACUUUGUACCAACUGAGUUCUUUCAGGAACAGGCACAAAUUCCCAAUCAUACAUUCAAGUCUGGCAUGAAGAUUGAGGCAAUAAACCCCAAAGAUCCUUCAUGCAUUGUUCCUGCAACAGUGACUGAGGUCUUCAAUGACCAGUAUUUCCUGGUUGAACUAGAUGAUCUAAGGCCUGACAACUCUACGGACCAUCAGUCCAUGGUGUGUCACAGGAAUAGCCCACACAUUCUCCCUGCACGAUGGAGCCUGAAGAUGGGCCUGACUGUCUGCUCCCCUUCUGGUUAUUCAGAAGAGGUCUUUGACUGGGAUAAAUAUCUGACUCAUUGCAAUGCUCACGCUGCUCCCGACAGUUGCUUCCCCGAGGUCCAGAAUGAACAUGUUCUUCAGGAACGCAUGAAGCUCGAGGCCGUCAAUCCCUUUCAGCCACGGGAUAUCUGCAUUGCCACUGUAACGAGGGUCAACGGCCUUUACAUCUGGCUCCAGCUAGAAGGCGUGAAGACUCCUGUUCCCGAGUGCAUUGUGCAUGUAGAGUCCAUUGACAUCUUUCCAAUGGGAUGGUGUGAAACUAAUGGGCACCCCUUAUGUACCCCACCUCCUACAAAUGCAAAACCUCGGAAGAAGACUGCUAGACACUCUCAGAAACAAGAUGUGACUGCUAAGAAUAAGCAUGGAGUAAAUGAGUCAGAUACUACAGCCAGCAACACCACAUCCAAUGGGAAAUAUCUCUGCCCCAAGAUCUUUUUCAACCAUCGCUGCUUCUCAGGUCCCUAUCUGAACAAAGGACGGAUAGCAGAGCUACCAAAAUCUGUGGGUCCGGGAAACUGUGUUUUGGUCCUUAAAGAGGUCUUAUCGUUAAUCAUCAACGCCGCUUACAAGCCAAGCAGAGUCCUACAUGAACUGGAAUUACAGGAUGAACCAUUGUGGCCUCAGCAUGCAGAAAUUUUGAAAGCCAAAUAUAAAGGAAAAACAUACCGUGCCACAGUCGAAUUGGUGAGAACAUCAGACCAGGUGUCAGAGUUUUGUCGGAAAACCUGUAUCAAACUGGAAUGCUGCCCAAAUCUCUUUGGGCCUCUUAUGGUUCUUGACCAGUGCUCUGAAAACUGUUCAGUACUAACAAAGACUAAAUAUACUCAUUAUUAUGGAAAGCGUCGUGGGAGGAACUUAAGCAAUCCUACAGGCAUUUUGCGCAGCAUAGAGGCUGCCCUGAAGAAGCCUGCUAAGAGGAGGAAGAGAAGGAAACACUUCUUUGUCCACAAGAAGAAGCGCUCAUCCAACUCUGUAGAGAACACACCUGUCGGAAGUCCUCAGGGAAGUGGUGACGAGGAGGAGGAGGAAGAUGAGGAUUACUCCCCAAGUGAAGAAAGUGUUCAAGAACAUCAAGAGGGCUCAGAACUCUCUGGGAAAGGGUCUUCAUCAGCCUCCCCUACUCGUAGUGAACAGUCACUGAACUGUGAGAAGAAAAGAAAACCUUGGAUGCUCGAAAGUGAAAAGCUUCUGUCUGCUAAGGAUAUCCGUAUUGAGUUGAAGGAGCCCUUGACACUAAAUGGAAGCCCACUGGACUGGACUGUGAAUGAUGUUGUCGAAUACAUCAAGUCCACAGAUUGUAAUCAUCUUGCACGACUCUUUCAAGAACAGGAAAUAGAUGGAAGGGCACUUUUAUUGCUCAAUCUCCCUGCUGUUCAAGACUGUAUGGAUCUCAAGCCUGCCAUGGCCAUCAAACUGUGCUACCACAUUGAACGAGUGAAGCUGGCUUUCUACCAAAGCUUUUCUCAAUAAAGUAUCCUGUUUUUGGAUAGUGGACAUACAUUGUGCCCGGCACAGCCCAUAUAUGUACCAGCCUUAAGGGAUUUGCACUUUUAUAGAACUGUCACUUGUUUACAAGUCCUCAGGCCAUUUCAGUCCUAGGCUUGGAAAUAUGAGGAGAUGUGUAUGUAGUCACUGCUACCCACUUACUUUUAUGGUGCGGUUACUACAGCAGCCACUAACUCACCCAUG